AUGUCAGGUCCUUGGCUGACAUGGAACGUCCGUGGCUUGGGAGGAACAACGAAGCGGGAAGCAGUAAAGAAAGCAAUUUUGCAUUUGAAACCAGAACUAGUUCUGUUACAGGAAACAAAACUGAAUGAACUUCGGGAGCGUACAGUAAUUUCUUGGACUAAAAGUCUCAAUAUGCAGCAUGCUGAAUCUAGUUCUGUUGGAACAGCUGGGGGGUUGAUGUGUUUGUGGAGGGAGAGUUCUUUGCAGGUUCUGACAGUGGCCGUAGAAACGUGGUUUAUUCUUCUGACUGUGAAGUUGCCUAAUAUUGAUCAAACAGUGCUGAUUGGAAAUGUUUAUGGUCCUCAUUCUGUGUCAGAUCAUAGUCUUUGUCUUGAAGCUCUAAAGCAACGGGUUUUAUGCCAUGGCGGUUUGGUCUGUAUAGGGGGAGAUUUUAAUGCGGUGCUACUGGCCUCUGAACGCACAUCAGGUCGUGUCCUUGACGUGGGUGAUUCAUCCUUUCAGCAGUUUGUACAAGACAGCAAUUUAUUGGAUUUACCACUGAAUAAUGGCGAUUAUACUUGGUUUUCUAGUCGGAACGAAGGGAUUUGGAGUCGCUUGGAUCGUUGGUUAGUGUCUGAUGAGGUCCUGGUAACGUUCUCUAAUAUUUCUCAAUCUGUUUUACCAUGGAAUGUAUCUGAUCAUAGGGCGGUGGGUUUAUUUUUUGGGGUGCCUGAUUCGGGACCAAAACCAUUUUAUUAUUUUAAUCAUUGGGUUGAUGAGGAGGGUUUUAAAGAAUUAGUGGAGGCUUUGGUGGACAUCUGCUGUGUAUCAAGGGUGGUCGGGUUAUGUGUUGCAACAAAAGCUAAGAGGAUUGAGAGGAAAAAUUCGAGAGUGGCGUAG